UGCUGGGUAAGCUAAAUCUGCCUGUGGCAGUACUUCCAGUCUACAUCGCACGUUGUAAACAGCUGGGCGCUUCAGGUCGUCCUACACACACAAGAUAGUAUUUUAACCGGCUGGAAUCUCCACGAUUAAUUUCCUACUCGUAGUACGGUGUUCUCGAAGCAGGAGUCUGAUCCAUUCAUCGUCAAAAAUGUACACCUUUAUCCCAAUCAUAGCAGUAUUAUGCGGACUGUCAGCAGCCAAUUUGCAGUUGGACUGCCGUUAUGAUCCGCGUACAGGACGGCCGCGGUAUGCUGAUAGUAAGCACAAUGUACUGGAAAUGGCGACCUGUAUGGGGCAUACCAGUUAUCUGGAGGCGUUGGAGGAAACCGGCAGCCUGCAUAUCCUGCUCAAUAAAGGUAUUACUGCAUGGAUUCCUACCAAUGAUGCGUUUGCGAAAAUCAGUACGGCCACACGCGAUUUCUGGCAUCAUCACAAAUCGUACUACAAGAACUUGAUGAAAUAUCACGUCAUUAAGGGUCGCUAUAACGUGCAAGAUUUAGUCAACGAUGUGGAGAGCUACGACACCUACGCUGAACCAUGCGGCACUCGCGCUCGUUACGUUAAUUUCGAUGGUUUUAGCAAAAACAUCAGCGUGUAUAUGGGCGCGGUGAUCAAUUCCACCAAUCAUCAAGGAUCAAACGGAGUGAUCCACAUUUUGGACGACGUGGUCAAACUGAUGAUGAAUGAAACCAUACUCAAAGUCAUUCAAAAACACAGCCAAUUCUCUAAAGUUCUGGAAGCGGUCAAAAGUGUCGAUUUGAAUGAUCGCUUAUCAGCGGACGAUCCUCCCCGGACAUUUUUGGCACCCUCUGAUGAUGCAAUUAGCAAAUUACCGGACGGAGCAUGGGAAAAAUUAGUUAGCAAUCCUGCUGCCCUUACCGAAGUCCUGUUGUAUCACAUUUCACCUCUGGGUUCCUGGUAUUCCGCCGGUUUGGCUGUGGACGGGAUGUCGGUGCCGACGCUGAGCAAGAAAGGCAACUGGACCAUUCGGGUCACCGACGAUGGCAUCCAGGUGGACAAAGGGAAUUUAGUUAUCACUGAUCUGCCGGCAACGAACGGCGUCGUGCAUUCCAUUGACACGGUCCUGAUGCCGAAGUCUGUACGGAAGUGGCUGUAUUAUUAGCUGUACUAGUUGUGUACGUUUCAAUUAAGCAUUUUCGUAACAUCGCACGUUGCACUUGUCCCGAAACGAUAUAAUUUUUAUGUUGGUUUUUUACUAUAACCCGACAGGAUUCUUUCUAACAGAAUGUGGCAGAAUUGUUUGAUUAUAAACAAAUAUAUUUGCA